AUGGCAGAUGGCGGUGAUGCGCUGCCAGAUUCUGAGCCGACCUGCGGCAGCAGUUCUCAAGAAUAUAUCAAAGACCCUAGUAAACUUACCCCCGAGGAGCUGGUCAUAGAGAAACAGCUUCGCUGGAAGAUUGAUGUAUUGAUCAUGCCCACGAUCAUCUGUGUCUACUUGAUGAAUUACAUUGAUCGCAAUAAUUAUGCCGCAGCGCGACUACAGGGCCUUGAGAGGGAUCUUAAAUUGACGCCGUCACAGUACCAAACUGGCCUCUCCAUCCUGUUUGUCAGCUAUAUCCUCAUGCAAGUCCCAUCCAAUCUCCUGCUCAACUACGUUGGCCGGCCGUCUCUAUAUCUAGGAUUUUCCACGAUUGCAUGGGGCCUUGUUUCAGCGUCUACCAGUCUCGUGAAGAACUAUCCGCAAAUUUUGGCAUGUCGUCUUAUCCUUGGAUUCGUCGGUACGUUAUGCGCCAGCAUCGCUCCCUUUGACUUCAUCAAGGCAGCUAACCGUCAUCUCUGUCGACUAGAAGCCCCAUUCUUUGCUGGUGUCCUGUUCUAUCUUUCAAAAUGGUACACCAAGAAAGAGCUGACUCUCAGAAUGAGCAUCUUUUAUUCUGGCUCAUUACUUAGCGGCGCAUUUGGAAAUCUGAUUGCCGCAGGUAUAUUGAAUGGGUUAUCUGGAAGCUAUGGCCUUUCUCCAUGGCAAUGGUUAUACAUCAUUGAAGGCAUCAUCACCAUUGCCAUUGGGUCACUCAUUUGUGUGAUUCUACCAGAUUUCCCAGACACAUGGAGGCUUUUAACACCUGAAAUGAAACGCGUCGCAAACCGGCGGCUUGCGAUCGACGCCGCUGAAGCUGACAUCGAUGGUGAAGGCGGCAUGAGUCAAUUAACGGGUUUCAGACUGGCAAUGACCGAUAUCAAAACUUACCUCCUCGCCAUUGCCUACAUGUCCAUCACGGGAGCCAGCGGGUUCCAAAACUUCUUCCCUACACUCACAGGUACCCUCGGUCACAACGAGACAAUUUCUCUCCUACUCGUCGCUCCUCCUUACAUCUUCACGCUCGUAUACAGCAUUCUCCAUUCCCGCAUGUCCGAUCGUCUUGGAAGUCGGUUCUGGUUCUUCAUCUAUCCCAUUCCCAUUUCGAUCCUCGGAUUCAUUAUUUUCAUGACCACAGAUUCGUUUGGCCCCCGGUAUCUCUCGCUCUUCAUCAUGUGCUUCGUCUUCACGAUGAUGUCCACAUGCUAUUCCUGGGUCGCGGGAGCUAUCCCGCGGCCGCCGGCAAAACGAGCCACUGCAUACGCGUUUAUUAACUCGGUAGGUAACUCGGCGAGUAUAUGGACACCGUACACGUAUCGAGAUCGAGAUGCGCCCCAGUACCGGUUGGCACUGGGGCUAUGCAUUGCACUGCAGAUGCUGGCGGGAUUGAUGGCCGUGGUGCUACGGUUGCAUCUCAUAAAGCAGAACUGUGCGUUGGAACGGACGGAACGUGAAUGUGGAGGGCUUGUGGAUGACGAGAGGAUGAGGUUGAUGUCUGCUGAGACAGAAGGGGUUGAAGUGGACAUACCAGCGCCUCUCCCAAAGGGAUUUCGUUAUAUGAUUUGA